CUUUAACCCAGUGCUCCACUCAAUCUUCUGCUUUCACCAAAACAACAUCUUCAAGAUCUCAGAGAAUCAAACCCCAAGAUGGCAAGUUUCUAUGAGCAUUACGAGUUCCCAUACGAUUCCAACCAGGUUAAUCAUUUCUAUGAUCAUAACUAUUAUGAUAACAAUCAACAACACAUGUUUGGUUCUGAUCCAAUGAGUUAUAAUAGUUAUGAUACCUGGAAUGGAUCUGAGUAUGAGUAUGAGACAACCUCUGCAUCUGUUGUUUACUCUGUUUCUACCAUGUCUGAGCCGAAACACUUGUUCUAUGAUCCGAGUUACUACACAACAACAACAACAACCUACGAGUCUCCUCCUCAGUUUAGAAUCUACUGCAAUAUCCAAAACUUCAACGAGCCGGAGUUUGAAGAGUACGAUCCGACGCCGUAUGGUGGUGGCUAUGAUAUCGUUGCAACAUACGGGAAACCACUUCCUGCAUCGGAGAAAAUUUGUUACCCUUCUUUAACCGCUGGUCUAGCUACACCUCCUUCUCCUCCAGAGAUUAUCGCUCCCGUUCCUCUUGGAAUCUAUGAUGGUGGUGAAAAGAAAGAUGUUAAGAAACGUGUAACUUUCUCUGAGACAUUAGAGGAAGCUAAACCAUUGGAAACCAUUCAAGAAAAAGAACAUGAUCAUCAAGAAGAAGAGGAAGAUGAUGAUGACGAGGAAGAGGAAGAAGAAGAAGAUCACAGUUCAAGCAAUGGAACUGUGAAACCUGAAACUGUAGAUAAAGUUGAAGUGAAAGCUCUGUAUGUUCCCUCUGGUUACGGUUUAGAAGCGACAGAUCUCUGCGAGGUGAUAUUCGGAGGCUACUUUCCUUGUGUCUUACGUAACAAAAGACGCCAAGAAGAUGAGAAUCGUGCGGCUGAAGUUACUUGCUGGGAAACCACUGAUUCUGAUCCGUGGAAGACUACUUCAGACUACCUUUUUGGUGAUUCGUAUCCGUAUGGUUAUGAGAAUGGAGUUGGAAGAAGACAGUUCGAGAUCUCUUCUUAUGGUUACUAUAGGUAUUAA